AUUAUUAUCAGAGCAAAUCAGUGCGCAUUGCGCACCUAGUUCACCCGAGACCGAGAGGCUAGCCCGUGACGCCGAGUAGAGUAGUAGGACUCGCGCUUCAACUUGGAAUUCCGGUUCUUCUUCCUCCUCUUCUCUCGCUCGUUCUUUAUUUUUUUCCGGAGGGAAAAGAAAGGAAAAGGUUUUUAGGGGUUUCAUCAAGGUUUCUGCCGAUAAGUGGUGGAUGGAGAUUUCAGAGAAGAAGGAAGACACCAAGGGUUCCAACGCUCAGCCACCCCUUGAUGCAUCAGCGCCUGCUGAUAAAGAAGCAGAGGAGCGAGAAAGGCAAGAGCGCGAGCUCAAAGCCGGUUUGCAUCCUUUAAAGUACAAAUUUGUAUUUUGGUACACACGCCGAACACCUGGAGUUCGGUCACAAACGUCAUAUGAAGACAAUAUAAAGAAAAUCGUGGAAUUCAGUACGGUUGAAGGUUUUUGGGUUUGUUACUGCCAUCUGGCCCGUCCUUCUUCUUUGCCAAGUCCAACUGACUUGCAUCUAUUCAAGGAAGGUAUUCGUCCUUUGUGGGAGGAUACUGCCAACUGCAAUGGUGGAAAAUGGAUAAUACGAUUCAAGAAGGCUGUGUCAGGUCGCUUCUGGGAGGAUCUGGUUCUAGCCUUGGUUGGUGAUCAACUUGAUUAUGGGGACAACAUAUGCGGUGCAGUAUUAAGCGUUCGUUUCAAUGAGGACAUAUUGAGUGUCUGGAAUCGCAAUGCAUCUGAUCAUCAGGCUGUGAUGGCUUUAAGGGAUGCAAUCAAAAGACAGUUGAAGCUUCCCCAUAGCUAUGUAAUGGAAUAUAAGGCCCAUGAUGCAUCUUUGCGUGAUAACUCGUCAUACAGAAACACAUGGUUGAGAGGAUAGGGGUAAAUCCAGUUCUUGUAAUUACAAGAUGGAGAGUUUCUUCAGAGGUCUUAAAAGCUUAAAUGCCUUGUUAAUGGGUUCCUUGGUACCAUCUACACUUUGUAUUGAGUUCAUCAAGUGAUACAGUUUUUCUUCUUCAAACACAGUUGCUUGAUUCAGUUCUGAGACUUUACAGGUACAAGGUGGUAAAUUGUAGUCCUUAAUCUACUAAGAUCUUUUUAAGAGCAAUUACAGUCUUGUAUGAAUGUGAUCAAGGCAAAAUUAGGUGACAUGUUAAAGCGUUUUUGGCCUGUCAAG